CAGUCUACGUAACGAGCUACGUGGUCCUCUACAAAACCAAAGUGUAUGGUACGAGUAUGUUCAAAAGGGUGCAAAAAUAAUUCAUAGGGCUAACCCUAAUCUUCUAUUAAUUAUCUCGGGAUUAGAUUAUGAUCUUGAUUUUACCUUCUUAAAGGAAAAACCCUUGAACUUACACAUGAGAAACAAGAUUGUAUACGAGACUCAUAGGUAUUCAUUUACUGAGGGACAAUCAAAUUUGUAUUUAACUCAGCCACUAAACAAAGUUUGUGAUACAAUUAAAGAAGAAAUUAUGAAUAAAUCAGGGUUUUUAAUUAAGGGGAAAAAUGCAGCUCCUUUAUUUGUUAGUGAAUUUGGUAUUGACCAAAGGGGAACGAAUGAGGCCGACAAUUUGUUCUUGGGCUGUUUUCUUUCACUUUUAGCAGAAUUGGAUUUGGAUUGGGCCGUUUGGGCUUUACAAGGUAAUUAUUAUACAAGAGAAGGUCAACAAGGAAUGGAGGAAAUGUAUGGGAUGUUCAAUUCUACAUGGAAAACUCUUAGAAAUCCUGAAUAUCAUGCAAAAUUACAACUUAUUCAACAAAAACUCCAAGAUCCAAAAUCAAAACAACCAAUGUACCACUUAUUAUUCCAUCCACAAAGUGGCAAAUGCUUGCAUGCUGCAGACAACAAUGUAGAAGUAUAUGCAAGUGAUUGCAUCGGAGCAAGCCGGUGGAGCUACGACGGCGACGACACGCCGAUCCGAUUAACCGGAACUUCUCUCUGUCUCACUACAUCAAGAGAAGGUUUGCCUGUAACUCUUUCAACAGACUGCAGUGAACAAAGUACAUGGAAAUUGGCUUCAAAUUAUCAACUUUCAAAUCAUGAUGAAAAUGGGACAGAGUUGUGUUUGGAUUUUGAUACUUAUUAUUCUUCUUCUAAAGUUUUGGUUAGGAAAUGCAUUGGCUUAGAUGAGAAGAGUCAUGAUAAUCCUCAAAGUCAAUGGUUCAAGUUUGUUUCAGCCAAUGUUUAGUAGAGUUCUUAGUUAUUUCAAUGUUUAGCUAUAAUUUUACAUUUUAGUUUAAGUCUUUAUUUAACUCUUAAUUUCAAUCCUUUGUUUGGAAUAUUUUUUAAUAAGUUAUA